CACGUCGCUGUCGUGCACAUUCAUCAGUUCCUCUCGCAGGGGGGAUUGCGUACUCUGGCUCUCACACACACGCGACUGCGACAAGCCAGCAGAGAGUGCCUUCUUAGUCUUCCGCUUGUGGCUCUUGGACUCAGCUGAACCCUGCCACAGUCGUCAGCGUUGCCUCGCAGGGCAGCCGACGCCAUUCACUGCGCUACUGAUUCGCUAAAGUUGGGCCCCUCCCUCCCUCCCAGCCUGCCUCCCUCCUGUGCAGAUAAAGCCUGAUGUUGAGAAUGAACAGAUCCAAUCAGCUGCUGUGAGCGGGAAGGAGCUUGUCGCUCUCGUUGUUUUCUCCACCACACCCUUCUACUCCUCCUCCUCCUUUCCCCAGAGCCCUGCUUCUUCCCAUCAUGGGCCGACGCGAUCAAUAAUGCUUUACCAUUCUCUCGUCUGACAGUUGAGGUGAGGAGUGAGCUGACCGCUAAAGGCUUCCUAUUUGAGGCAAGCGGGCCCUGAGGAUGGGCUACAGGUGGCAGAGCCUCUAGAGGCCUCCCUUGGCUCAAAUCCCGACAAAGACCUUUCGAGCCCACCUUCUCCCAUGUCAUUGACUUAUAUAUCCUCAUUAGCAACACACAGGUGCGCUCAUAAUUGCAUUUGCUGGAUAUACAUUAGUCUUCAUCAGCCGUCCUCGUCUGCUUCUGCUACUGCUGUGGCUCCUGCUCCAGAAUGGCGGUGAACGUGACACCGAUCCGGGACACAAAGUGGCUGACUUUGGAGGUGUGUCGGGAGUUCCAAAGGGGGACGUGCUCACGGCCGGACAACGAGUGCAAGUUCGCCCACCCCGCCAAGAGCUGCCAAGUGGAAAACGGCCGAGUCAUCGCCUGUUUUGACUCACUCAAGGGCCGCUGUUCCCGGGAGAACUGCAAGUAUCUACAUCCCCCUCCCCACCUGAAGACGCAACUGGAGAUAAAUGGAAGGAACAACCUCAUCCAGCAGAAAAACAUGGCCAUGCUGGCCCAGCAGAUGCAGAUCGCAAACGCCAUGAUGCCUGGCACCCAGCUGCAGCCCGUGCCCAUGUUUUCAGUCACACCCGGCCUGGCGACCAAUGCCAAUGGAGGCGCGGCCGCAGCGUUCAACCCGUACCUUGGCCCCGUGUCGCCUGGCCUGAUGCCUGCCGAGAUCCUGCCCAGCUGCCCGAUACUGCUCACCAACAGCGCCAGCGCUCCCGUCCCGGUCGCCACCGUGGCUCAGAAACUGAUGAGGACGGAUAGACUGGAGGUAUGUCGGGAGUACCAGAGGGGCAACUGCACACGUGGCGAGAACGACUGCCGCUUCGCGCACCCGUCCGACAGCACCAUGAUCGACACCAACGACAACACGGUGACGGUGUGCAUGGACUACAUUAAGGGCCGUUGCUCCCGGGAGAAGUGCAAGUACUUCCACCCACCCACUCACCUACAGGCCAAAAUCAAAGCGGCCCAGCAUCAAGUCAACCAGGCGGCGGCUGCCGCAGCCAUGGGGCUCCCUCCCGUCCUGCCCCCUUUACCAAAGAGACCCGCACUUGAAAAAGCCAACGGUGCCGCCACCAUGUUCAACGCCGGUGUAUUUCAGUACCAACAGGCCUUGGCCAACAUGCAGUUCCAGCAGCAGGCUGCCUUCAUCCCUUCGGGCUCAAUAUUGUGCAUGACGCCUGCAACAAGUGUUGUACCCAUGAUGCACGGUGCUACUCCGGCCAAUGUGUCCGCAGCCAACACAUCUGCCACAAGUGUUCCCUUUGCAACCGCCUCAGCCAAUCAGAUUCCAAUAAUAUCUGCGGAGCAUCUGACUAGUCACAAAUACGUGACACAGAUGUAGGAGCCUCAAUCACAACAGUGGAACUGGAGAGCAAAGACCAGCGAUUCAACAGACAAACGAACAACAAUCUGAUGAAUCCAUACGUCAACAACAGAGAGUUUGCGGAAUUUGCUCCAGUCACUUCACGCACACUGCAUACACUUAAAGAGCGUCUUCUUCCUCCUCUCCGUGAAGGGAAGGCGCGUUUACCUUUAUUCACCGGGCACACUUUGAAUGUGAAGAGAAUAAGACGAAGUGCUGUGUCCAUCGAGGCGGAGGAGGAAUCGUGGUCUCUUUUGUACGUUUGUUCAUUGGUUGUCUCUCAUAUGUUUACACAAAAGGUGCACCUUAUAUUUCAGUUGAAAGAGACAAAGAAGAAUCAGACGAGGGUUUUUAUGUUACUGUAAACCAACAAAAAAGGCCAUAUUUGUGCUAAUAUGCCAAUGGUACUGCAAUCACGCAAAGCAAUCGGCUUUCCCUUUAAGGUUUCACGAUUCGUCUUUGUUCCAUCGUCACGACCCAUCACUGCUGAAACGAAACCCUCAAAUCUUUCGCGACAAGGUCAACAAAGACAUAAAAUUAGUGUUCAGUUGCCAAACUGCUGGCUGACGUGUGAUUUGUUGAAGUUUAUUGGGUUUCCGACAGGUCGUCAAUGUAGGUGUGGUCUUGAGCUCGGACGUGUUGAAGAAUAUUUGUUUGUCCGACUUUUCAGAUUUUUAGUCAAAGUAUUUUUGCGUUGUUGUUUUUGUAGUUCGACUUAAGCAGGUACAUACAUACAGACAAUGGACUUUGAGUCUUUUCCCUCACUUGCAAUCAAAGUCAGCAAAAGCCCAAUUGUCGGAUGUCUCUGAAAGAUCACUGGGCGUAAAUGAUUAUCCCAUGGUGUGCGGUGUGUUAAAAGUGUUUUUCCCUGCUUGGAAAAUGGUCCAGACUGACAAUUAUAAAUGUUAAAUAGAGGAGCCAGUGAUUGUGCUGAGUUUUGUGUCACGUGUCUCACAAGUCAUUCACCACAGCAAAAAUGACAAGGAGAGUUUGAAACGGGAAUGUAGUUACCAGAUAAACCAGUUAGCCUCGCCGGGAUUUUCUAUUUCCUCUUCUACUCCUCCUCUUUCUUCAUUGAAUUUCCCUCCAGUCUGAAUGCGCUGUGACACCAUGCUGCCUCUCACAGGUCAGUCUCGGUAGUACCACCGAUAUCUUUGGGGAACGUGACUCACGAUUGACGGUAGAGAUAUUAUGUGUGUGGUGUGCUGUGUUGGGCAUCUUGACUACACCGUACUCCAAAAGAGCACUAAGAACAUUUUGUAUCUGGUCGUUUGUAAGGUUGUUAAAACUCGAUGUGUGUACCCUGCCUUAAGGAUUCAGUGUAGCUCUCUCGUAGGUCGCAGUUCGUUAGUAUGUAUUAACUGGACAGAUAGCGCGUCGACAGUGACAAAAAACAAAACAAACAAAAACAGGUUACGAUUGUAUCCCUCAUCUAAAGCCUUAGAAUGUACCAUCAGGUCAUCAUAAUGCAACAUGCCAUUCAGAAGCCUGAUCCGUGCCAUGCCAAUACACUUUUUUCAUUCUCUUUAGUUCUAUUAAGGCGUAAGGCAUGUUCGAGUGUCUCUUUGUGUGUUCCCUCAUCUUUAUCUAGAAUUCUGUGUAUGUACAUUUUGAUUUUAGAUGGUAACAUUAGUAUUUUCUAUGUUAUGCAUUUGAACCAUAUGCAUAUUAGCAUUCACUCCUGUAGUCUCUUUGUGUUCUCUGAGCAAAGAUAUUUUCUAUGAAUACUUAACAGUCCUAAUAGAACAGAGAGGCAGAGUUGUCGCUAUGGCUAUCGUUGUCGGCGACAACAGCUAAGCAUUUUAACGAUUGUAAGGUUUGUAACUAGUCAUCUAAUUUAAAAAAAAAAUAUAUAUAUAAUAAUUAUUGUUCUUGGAUGUUUUAGAUGUUAUUUUCUACUGUAUCCAUUUCAAAUAAUAUUAUCUAUUGUUUGGGAAUUUUUAACCGAGUUGGAAAUUGGGCCAUGUUGGAAAAACAAGCUGGGUUUUUUUUCAUUUUUUUUUUUUCAGUCGGGGUCCCAUGACAGGAAGUCCGCGCUCACUCCACCAAUUGCAAACAAAAUGGUGGGUGGGGGGGAGCUCCCGAACAGAAAAAGGUUGACUUUUUGCACUUCUGUACAUAGUCAAAAAAGAGAGAAAACAUGUAUAUUGAGAUCUUAUUUUGAAUAAAAAAAAUGUCUAUAAUGACAGAGCGUUUUGUUAGGAUAACCACAAAAAAAGGCUGAACAAAAAAAUCGCUUGCAUCCAAAAGGCGCUGAGUUGUCAUUCUCUAACCCCGCCCUCUUUCAGGAACGGCUGAUGUCGCUCUUUUUUUGUUGUUUUUAAAUUUGUCAGCAGCUUGUAGUUUGCCCGGUAGCUGUCCGGAGGAGGAAGGGGGGGGGGGGGGGUCCACUAUCCCACCACCCGCACUGUCAGGCCUGUGUGUGGAGGCCCAAACAACAUUACACGUACUGUCUCUUUAACUGGGAGACAAACGCAUGUUAAACAUAUAAAUACAUUUUUUUUUAAAAACACAGUACUAAGACUAAAGAACACAUGUUACAGAGAAAUAUGUAUUUACAAUAUUCAUACGCUAUCCAUAUGUAAUGAAAUAAGAUAUUGAAAAAAAUAUAGAAUAGUGGUUUAUUUAAAAAAAAUGACAAAAAAAAUCCUGAGAAUACAGAAUUGUCACCACUUGGAGAGACAAUGCAGCAAAUCGUUCUCAAUAUGCUCUUCUGUUCAUGUAAGCUGUGCUUCUCCAGAAGCAUUUUGGGGGUUUGGUCACCAGACCGGCUUAUCUCUCACCUGCCAGUGCGCAUGCUUAGAUAAAAGAAAAACCUGUUUCUUGUUUUUUGUUUGUUUGUUUCAUUUUCUCUGCUCGUAGUGCUAAUAUGAUGUAUUCUGUCCUCUGCUGCCGUUUGUUUCUGCUUGUUUAACUGCGGCGUAACCCCCCAGCCCGUGCGCUGUCUCUGUGUGUCAGUCAAGAGAUGAAAAACUAGUCUAAAGCCAUAAAAUGUUAAAUAUGACUGGAGGUGAGAUGAAGUUCACACAUUUGUUUGUUUUCCCAGGGGGCCUGUAUUGCUAUAUUUGAUUCUUGCUGUUACGGAUUUUAAAAAAUGUAAUAAAAAAUACAAAGCAACAGCACAAUUGACUUUCAUUAUUUGUACAAGAAUUAUGGGUGAUGUAAUGAAUAAUGUGUUGGUGUUCAUCCUAACUUGACGCUGAUUGGACCUCCUGAGUCAAAAGCAGUCCGAAGGAUCCAUCACGAGUGGAAUGACUGUGACGCACCGUCCAACCACAAGAUGGAGCUGCCACUUUGUCAGGUUAGGCUGAGUGCACAUGAGCCAGUCCCUACAAAUACCCAACA